AUGUCUUCUACUCCCGUCGUUGAAAACAAGCUCGACGCCAGCGCUCCCGCUGUCGACGCUCCCGCCCCUGCUGCCGCUGACGCUGUUCCCGUCGCCGGUGACGACAGCGCUGAGGGUGCCAACGUCGACCCCAACGCUACUCUCCUCGUUCGUGCUCUCGUCUCCACCAAGGAGGCCGGUAUCAUCAUCGGCAAGGGUGGUGCCAACGUCGCCCAGCUCCGUGAGCAGACCGGCGUCAAGGCUGGCGUCUCCAAGGUCGUCCCCGGUGUCCACGACCGUGUCCUCUCCGUCACGGGCACCCUGGUCGGUAUCUCUGACGCUUUCGCGCUCAUCGCAAAGACCAUCCUCGAGAACCCUCUCAACGCUCCCGUCCAGGCUGACGGCUCCCCCGCCGAGGCUGCUGCACAAACCACCUCGGUCCGCCUCCUCAUCUCGCACAACCUCAUGGGCACCGUCAUCGGUCGCCAGGGCCUCAAAAUCAAGCACAUCCAGGACCUCUCGGGCGCUCGCAUGGUCGCUUCCAAGGAGAUGCUUCCUCAGUCCACCGAGCGUGUCGUCGAGGUGCAGGGCUCAGUUGAGGCUAUCCGCGUCGCCAUCCACGAGAUCGCAAAGUGCCUCGCCGAGGACUGGGACCGAUCGCAAAACGUCGUCCUCUACCAGCCCGGUCAAGGUGAGGGUCCCGGCAUCCUCGCUGCCGGCGGUAUGGGCGGUCUCCAGCAGCAGGGCUCGCGCCGCCAGGGUGGUCCCGCUUACCUCGCCAAUGCCAUGUCCAACAUGAACCUCAACUCCAACAACACCAACGGCGGCAGCUUCAACAACAACAACCAGCAGAACAACCGCCGCGAAGCCAACAACACCAACAACGCCGCUUUGUCCACCAACAACUCGCGCCGCACCGACCCCAACGCCGUCGUCACCCCCGGCGGAGGCCUUGUCGCUGGCACCACUGCCAACUCGGCCAAAGCCGGCGAGCCCAACGCCUCGGCCCCACCUCUGGUCGACGACGACAACCUGCGCACGCAGAACAUCUCGAUCCCUUCCGACAUGGUCGGCUGCAUCAUCGGCAAGGGUGGUUCCAAGAUCACCGAGAUUCGCCGUCUCAGCGGUUCGCGGAUUUCUAUUGCCAAAGUGCCGCACGAUGACUCGGGCGAGCGCAUGUUCACCAUCCAGGGCACGCCAGAGGCCAACGAAAAGGCGCUCUUCCUGCUGUACAACCAGCUCGAGACCGAGAAGGAGCGUCGUCAGAAGCAGACAAACGUCGGUGGUGCCAACGGCGCCGCUGACGAGGAUACCCCUGCUGCGGCUACCUCGGCUUGA